CCACUUUUCUCAUCAUCAUCAUGACGGACUGCGUGGCAAUCGUACCCGAGCUACCGUUCAGAGAUCAGGUCCGAGAAGUAGCCAUACAUCUUUCACGUUCUCUUCCAACACCUGACUCAGCUUCAUCAAGAGCUUUCACGGCUUCCUUUCAAUCUCAGCUCGAGGUGGAAGAGGGUCAGGAAAUACCGGAGGAGAAGCGGAAAGAGGUCGUGAAGAGUUUAGUAGCCAAGGUGAUAGAGUUGAAAGGGGGUUUGGAAUCUUCGAAAGAGAUGGAAGCCGAACCUGCUCAUAUACUACUACUUCACCUACUAACGACCAACUUGAGCCCUGAAGAAUAUGACGAACAAGUUCGAGCAGUCGUUGACGCUGUCAAAGCUGGUGGUGCUGCUAGUUUCGCUGCCAAAAAAACACUCAAACUUGAGACCGCAUGUCGAAUAUUGAACAACACUUACAAUUACCUUUCCCCUGCUUCUUCACUUCGUCCUCACACUCUUCUCGCCAUUUUAUCUCUCCUCAGUCAGGCUAGCGACCUCUCAACCUUCCCCCUGUCACCCUCGUUCCUCGAAUCGGCCUUGACUCAAUGGGCUAUUCCAUCACAAGAAAAGGUCACCUUCCUCAUUUCUGCCGCGGAAAUUUAUCAGACUUCUGGCGAAUUAUCAAAAGCCUUGCAGCUACAUAUCGUAGCUCUAAAGCAACACGUAGACGCGAAGUUGGCGGAGAAGACGAUUUUGCUUGCUCUCACAGAUGAAAAGAGGUUUGAAGUUGAGGAAGUGCUGCGAGUUCCAGGGGUCAGUGAGAAGCUUGAGGGACCUGUGAAAGAAUUGGUGGGGCUGUUCACCCAGACGGACGAGUUGGAGGCUGUAAAGGUGGGACAAGCUUGGGUCACAUCAAAUACUUCUUGGAUCGAGUCACAACAAAUGGCGUCAUUGACGGCCGACUCUCUUUUACGGAAGAUCAAACUGAUCGCACUCGUCACCCUCGCCUCUCGCUCUUCAUCCCGACAAUUACAAUACUCUCAAAUUGCCACUGCUCUACAGGUCCCAGAGGCUGAUGUGGAGGCUUGGGUCAUUGAUGGUAUUCGAGCCAACCUCUUUAAAGCUCGUCUCUCUCAACCAUCCUCACUCGUCACCAUCUCCUCCGUCUCUUCCACCGGUACCCGACGAUUCGGUCCCACCGAGUGGCAGUUACUUGAGCGUCGCUUGGAGGAAUGGAAGAAAACCGUAUCCGGCGCUCGGACGGUAGCGGCCGAAGCCGAGGCACUUGCAGCUCAAGGACCAAUCACCAACCAACGUCGCAAUCAAAAUCAAAAUCAACAACGAGAAGAAAUUACCGCGUAGUUGUCGAUCUAUUGCACCAACAUAGUGUCAUCAUCUGGCAUAUCGGUGCAUCGUCAUUUUGUGCAU